AUGCAGUUCAUCUAAUCACCAAAUUUGACAUUUUUUUGUUAGUCGCCUUCCUGUGUCCGUGUAAUUUACAAGUGACCAACAAAGUUAUAUGCUAUUUUUUAGAAAUUAAAUUAUGAGAAUACGUACCUAUUUUGAAAAUUUGAACUUGAAGUUGAAGAACAAUAUUUCAAUAAUGUUUCUGGAAUAAAUCAGCGAAAACAUGAGAUCGAAUGAACUUUAGGUACACCCAGCAAACGUAGGUACCUACCUAAUUAAUAUUUCUACAGUUUGAAAACCAUGAAGAUUUUCAGUUCGAGCUCGAAUCUCAGAAUUGGUUCGUUUUUCAUUUUUCAACCGGGAUACUGAAUCCAAGCAGGAAAAUGAAUAAUAAUUGCUCCAUCAACACGACUGAUUAUCAUUCCCGAGGCCACCUAUAUCUAUUCGGAUACGCGAACAUUGUGUUCAGCGUCAUUGGGACUUUUUUCAACUUAUCAGUGAUGAUGGUAUACUCUCAAAAACACAUGACUUCUCCAAUGCACACAAUAAUUGCACAUUUAGCAGCCACCGAUGUGCUCACAGCUGUGGCAUACAUACCACAUUCUUGGCAAGAAUUGAUUCGAGCCAAUUAUAACAUAACUAUUAAGACAAUUGUGGAGCACAGAACAGAAAACUGGGAACAGUGUUCAUUUUAUUCUUGGCAUUUGACAGCCACAUUCACUCAUAUAUCAUCGUUGCUCGUAGUAAUGCUAGGGGUUUGGAGGUAUAUUGGCAUCAUUCAUCCGUUGAGGGAACGCAGCUGGUGCAAUACGCGGAAUACACGGAUUAUCAUCGUUGUAUGCUACAUUCUGGGUAUACUGGCCUCCAUACCAGCCUUUUUGGGUACAAGUGUUGCAAAAGAGUCAAUUUGCCGCAAUGGAACAAAUAUAACGAUUCAUCAACUUCGGAUUAUGGAUAGAGAAGAUGAUUUGACGUUUAAAGCUACUUUUUUGUUUUAUGGCAUUUUGUUGAAAACACUUCCAUCAGUUGCACUGACGACAAUCAGUUGUAGACUGAUUCUAGCCUUGCAUCAAGCAAAACUUCGACACGAACAACUGACCAGAAACACGAGCACACUUUCCAACGAAUCAAAUCGAAGAUUUACCAGAAAAAGAAAACAAACAAUUCAGAUUACUAAAAUGUUACUGAUCGUUUUAGGCCUCUUUGUGACGGGAGAGUUACCCCAUGGGAUAUUCUGUUCACUGACGGCGAUUUACGGUACCGAGUUUUAUUACAAAUAUUAUUAUAAUUUGUCAGAGAUAUUCAACACUGUGAAUAAUUUCUGCUCUUGUACUUAUUUCUUAGUCUACUAUAAUAUGAGCAAUAAGUUUAGGAAUACUUUCAAAGUAUUAAUUAAGUGCCAAGAGCCUUCUCCACUUAUGUACCAAAAUACGUUCGCUUCUUGCAAUGCGAACACAAUCAAUCAAUGUACUAAUGACGUAGUUAUAAGAAGCUUCCCAUAAAACUAUGAAGCAGUUUUAGCAGUUGAACAGAAAAUUAAUUUGUUUUGGCAUGGGAAAUACUUAGGUACCUACUAAGAUUUUUCGGCUCAACAUCCUAUUUUUCAAGCUGUUGUUAUGAUUAUUAAUUUUAAGUCCAGGUAUGUGUAUAUUUAAUUUACGUAUGUGGUAUGUAUUUGUGUAAUAGGCUACCUUACCUAUCUAUUUUGUAUUGAUAAUAUAAUUUAUGCAAAUUUACAAACCUGGCAUGCAAUCAAUUUGUGAUUUACCUUCUAUGAAUUCCUGGUAAUACCGAGUAAAUAAUUUAACGUAA